AUGUGGGAGAAGCUCUGUAACAGAGUAAUGACGGCACUUGAUCUAAACCAGGCGACUCUUUCAGGGUCGUCUGAUAUUAUAUGUAUCAAGCAAAAGCCUUCUGAUAAAACACUAGACCAAGUUGCGGAUGAUGGAUGGGUGUAUAAAUGUACACCUUUUCACGUUCGUUUCGGAAAGGCGAAGUUACUGAAGAGUAGAGAGAAACGAGUUUCAGUAUACGUCAAUGGACAGCUUUCUGCUCUAACAAUGAAGCUCGGCUCAGCAGGAGAAGCAUAUUUCCGUGAAGGAGUUGACGAUUUGGACUCACUAGAUCCUUCGACCUUUUCUUCAAGAACAGAUAAAGAUUCAUCCAAAAGAUCGGUCGAUUACGGAUAUUAUGCUUGUAAUAGUAAGAAUGAUUUUGGAGGGAUGCGCUCUAAUUUUGACUACGAAGCUGCGCUAAUGCCUGAAAAGACAGACACAGAAACUCCAACCUCAACCUACACUAACCAAGAAAAUGUUAACAUUACUAUAAAUCUUACACCUACAAGCACGACCAGCAUAACCGAUGCUGACCAGACAGUCCCUUUCAGCAAGGAAUACUACAGACAAUACACUGUUAAACCUACACACGCACCUUUACUGACAACACCGCCAAUGAAAAACGAUUCAACGAAAAGCUUGUCAUCCGGAGAUUUCGCACUACAGCUUAGCCUGUGCGGUCAUCUCCUGACCAGUAACGAUCAGCUGUUGAACGAGAAUUUGUUCCACGCAAACCUCGUUGACUUCAAGAGGCUUAGCGAGGAUCCGAAGUUGUGGUUUCACGAGUCUUUAGUGGCGUGUUUCGACUUGAAGCCUCCUUACUACCCUAUCAGAAUUGCACUUCCACUCAUCGCCUCAUGGAUGGUAUUCAACAAGCCUCUUUCAAUCGACUCAAUUGAGAAACUUCUUCGCUCAAACUUGCUAAUUAAGAAUAAAAGACCACCAAACAAACUACAAAAACAGGCAAAUUACUCUUCCAGAGGUAGAAGAAUAACAUUGAGACCCACAUCACAGCAGCUGUCAAGCUUGCCACUGAAGUAUGGCCAGAACAAGAUAACUUUCAGUGUAUACUCUGCUCUUCAGGGAGUAAAGAGUGUUCAUGCGAGCAUUUAUCUUUUACCCUCUGACGCCAGGAUUGUGAUUUCAGACGUUGAUGGGACGAUCACGAAGUCCAAUACACUUGGACACUUAAUGCCCAUCAUCGGUAGAGACUGGACCCAUUCAGGUGUUGCUGAGCUGUUCACAAAGAUAAGACAGCACGGCUACUUUGUCCUUUAUUUAUCUGCCAGGGCAAUUGGCCAGGCUGACAUAACUCGAGAUUAUUUGUUUGGCCUGACCCAGAACUCUAGGGAGAAACUACCAAAGGGUCCACUUUUCCUUUCUCCAGACCGUUUAGUGUCCUCAUUAAAGCGUGAAGUUAUUACAAAGAAUGCAUACAUGUUCAAAAUCCCAUGCCUGAGGGAUAUCCAUUCACUGUUUCCUCAUAAACACAACCCGUUUUAUGCCGGAUUCGGUAAUAACUCAUCGGACCAUAGGGCUUAUGUAUCUGUAGGAGUUCCUGAGAGUAGGGUCUUUAUAAUAAACCCUUCAGGGCUGAUCUCUCACGUGAGUAAUGAAAACAUUAAGACCUACGAUAACAUCAGCGAAAUCGCAGACUCUAUGUUCCCCAAAGUCACUUCUGAACAGGUUGAGCAGGACGAGGAAAUGUACAACUCUACUCAGUUUUGGAACUUCCCGGUCCUCAAAGAGUCAAAAGAACAUUAA